CACGAAAUAGGGAACUAACAACCUUAUAACAAACGUUGUGUAACAUCUAUAGAUGCCUUACUACAUAAAUGUGGCGUUGGAUGGUACCUAGGUACCUAGAUUGUAGAUCUGGACAGCUUUAUCUCGGCUUUCCGUCAUUAGCCAAAAAGAUCCACUUACAAUCCAUCCAUCCAUCCAUCCAUCAACGAUUCCAGCAACUUCGUUCAGUCUUGUUAACAACACAAAUACACAUCACCAAACGAGAUAGCCAAAAUGACCGUAAAUAUUAGCUCUUCGAGUGAGUGGCAGCGCAUAUUAGGGUCUUCGACCAUCGUGGUCACAGACUUCUACGCCGACUGGUGCGGUCCUUGCAAAGUCAUCGCGCCUACCUUCGAAUCGCUAGCGACGAAAUAUUCCAAGCCUGGCAAGAUCACCUUCUGCAAAGUCAACGUCGAUAGCCAACAAUCCAUCGCCCAGAGCCAUGGAGUGCGCGCGAUGCCGACCUUCCUCAUCUUCAAGAACGGUUCCGUUAUCGAAACGAUCCAGGGCGCGAACCCUCCAGCCCUGACUUCCGCCGUCGAGAAGGCUGUCAAGUUGGCCACCGUGACUGUACCGGGCGCAUCUUUCACUUCACCCGGAAGAACACUGGGAGGCAGCUCGUCUUAUUCUAGCACACCAGCGAGGCGAGGUGGUCAGUCGCUAGGAGGUCAGCCGUGGAAAUUUAGUCCUUUCAAUAUCAUCAACGCUAUUCUCACAUUCUUCGGACUUUACUUCGUAUCACUCUUCUCGUUUGAUCCCUAUAAAGCGGCUGAAAGGUCACAAUUCAAUCUCAAUAAUCCGAGGGCACCGCCGGCGCCGGUCGGUAUUAAGGGGCAGAAAGUUGGAGGACAAGGCGGUUCUGCUCGGCCUAGUGGGGGGGUUAGGACACUGGCCGAUCUUAGUAAGUAAACGUGGUAGCCUAAUUGAGUUCUAGGAGAAUUGCAUCUUUUAGUCAAGAAUAGAGAAUAGAGGUACUGUGGGGCGGUAGAAAGAACUACCGGGAUUAAACCCAGUAUUACCCAGUAUAACUGAACCCCGCUUGUACACAUAGAAACUUAGCUAGAACAACCUCUUAUGUGAAUGAAAUUGUCCCGUUACAGUACCUUUCCCUUACCCU